AUGAUCCUCUCCAAGGUGUCGCUGCUGCCUUUACUGGGCUUCAUCGCCCUUACUGGAGCCGAAGUGUCCCCCGAGGUCCGCACAAACAUCGACAACUUCAAGACGAACCUCGAUUCGACCAUUGCUGCCCUCCACGCGUACCAGGGUGGGGUCACUGGUCUGGCAACCCUGAUGCAUUCGGCUUACUUGACGCGCCAGGCCAUUGAGCAGUCCAAAAGCCAUAUGCAGCAGACGGACCAGUACUCGCUGGAUGAUAGCGCCGAGAUCUCCAACAAUACGGUCGCUCAUUUUCAAUCAGUGGUUGAGUUUCUGAAUCUAAUUCAUACCAAGCUUCCACUGUCGAAGAGCGCCAAGCUCGAGAACUCGAUGCGCCACAUGUCUCGUACUUAUAUGGACGAGGACAAGGCGUUCCUUGAGCUGAUGAAGAGCAAGCUUGCGGUUGAGCAUCGGGACACUAUUAGUGAUGGACAUGCGCAGGUGCUGGAUGCGUACGAGGCUUUAGCACGGGCCGCGGCUUCAUAUUAG